CCAAGCAGAUUCUCGCAUUUAGUCCAGUUUGCACGUUGUCGUGUUCGGUAAGGUAACUCAGUCAGCCCAGACAGGGUGGCGUAAAAAAGUUAACCCGUAGAGCACCGGUGUGUAACAAUGGCCACGGAAAAGAUGGCCACCGACAGCAACGCUUCCGCCUUGAACACAUAUUUCACGUUGGGCGCGGCCUUUGCGUGCUUAGCGGUGGCAGCGUUCUUUUUACUGCGGAAACUGUUUCCAAAGAAUUUACCACCUGGACCACCUGCUUUGCCGAUUGUCGGGCAUUUGCCGCAAUUAUUCCCGGAUCCCGCUGCCGCCAUUGCCAAAUGGAGCAAGAAAUACGGCGAUACGGUGAGCGUGCAAUAUGGACCGAAACUGCUGGUGGUCAUGCACGACUUCGACACCGCCAAGAAGAUGUUCAACGAAGAAAUCACAACCGGUCGCGAUCCUGACUACCCGCAGAACACUUUUGCCAAAGGGCGAGGUAUCCAGCAGUCGGAAGGUGAUUUAUGGCGCGAACACCGCCGCUUCAUGACGCGCACGCUGCGCGACUACGGUCUGGGCAAAUCCUGGCUGCAGGACACCAUUCUCAACGAGAUCGAAGACAACUUCACCUACUUCACCAAGCAUGCCAAGGAUCCCGUCGAUCCGCGCGGCUACAUCGAACACUUUACCGCCAACAUUGUCUCACUGUUGGCCUUUGGUAAACGCUACGAGAUCAACGACAAAGAGUAUAACCGCUUCACCGAGGCUUUCGCCCAAAACACCCGUCUGCUGGGACCGCCCCUGACGCCGGUGUACCUGUAUCCCUGGAUCAAACACAUCAUUCCCGAGUACAAAGCCAACUGGAACAAGUUUUACAACAACUGGCGCACCUACAUGCCCUUUGCCGAGAAACGUAUCAAGGAGCGAAAGGAGCAUUCCAUCCAGUCGGAUACACCAGAGAACUAUGUGGACAGCUACUUUGAGGAGGCUAAGAAGCAUCAGGGCGAACCAAAUAAUACAUUUACCGAUGACCAGCUGCUGUAUUCCAUGAUCAACAUGUACACCGCGGGAACAGCAUCCGUCACCACCACCCUGCUGUGGUGUUUCCUCUACAUGCUGGAAAAUCCCGAAGAGCAGAAGAAGAUCCAAGCUGAAAUCGAUAGCAUUGUGGAGCCGGAUAAGCUUGUUCGUAUGGAAGACCGAGCCAACUUGAAGUACACCGAUGCCGCCCUCAUGGAAUGCCAACGUCUGGCGUCCAUUGUGCCACUCGGUCUAUUCCAUCAGAAUCUGGAGGAAAUGACCAUUGACGGCUUCACAAUUCCCAAACGCAGUCUCCUGAGUGCCAGUGUCUACUCUAUUCACCGUGAUCCCCGCUACUGGGAGCACCCGGACAAAUUCUACCCGGGACACUUCCUGGACAAGGAAGGCAACGUCAAGCAGUCACCUCCCGGCUACAUGCCUUUCGGAAUUGGUAAACGAUUAUGCAACGGUGAGCCGCUGGCCAAAAUGGAAGUCUGGCUGUACAUGACUAAUAUGCUGCACAAGUAUGAAUUCCGCAAAGCCGAAGGAUGCCCGGCCUCCUCCGAGGUCUUCACAACCGGUUUAGCGCGCACCACCUGGCCCUACAAGUGUGUCUUCGUUCCCCGACACACCAGCCGCAACGGUCAUGUCCAUCACGAAAAGAACGGCGGAUCAUCCAUUCCGAUUUAAUCCGCGUUACGGGCACGACUCCGAUGAUGUCACUGAAACAAAUGCUCACGCUUAGACCUUUUUACAAUGCAUACGUAUUUGACAACUAAGUGCUUUUUCUUCAGUAGUGCUGUCACGGUCUUUCUCUCGCUCACUGCACUAGCCCUACAGUACAGGCUGUAGUAAGUAACUACGUCAACGUAGGUGGUAAUAUCAUUUAAUUAGUUUUAAUGGUGAAGCUAUUGCAAUAAAAGACGUCCUGUCA